AUGGAGUCGAUAUCGCGUAUCUCGGGCAUGCUGGAAACAGCACGCGACCUCACGCUCGAGGCCGCUCGAGAUGCAGGAGCCGGACGACGAUCGGUCAAGCAGAUGCCUCCGGCGCAAAUAAAGAAGUUGCUGGACAGCAGGAACGAACGAGAGGUGCUCGAAGGCUUGCGUCGCGUUAUCGAAAUGCAAUACACGGCUCCUCUGGCGCAAACACUGCCAUUCUUCCCCUCGGUCCUCAAGACUCUCUCGCACCCGACUUCCUCGACCAGACCCCUGGUUUACUCAUAUCUGCUACACCAUGCCGAGGCGGAUCCGGAUACCGCUCUCUUGUCCAUCAACACUAUCCAAAAGUCUCUCUCAGACACCAGCCCCCGCGUACGCGCCAUGGCUCUGAAGACGAUGGCUGGCGUCCGUAUCCCACUCAUCAGCCAAAUCGUUUCGCUCGCUAUCAAAAAAGGAACCGCCGACAUGAGCCCCAUCGUCCGCAAGGCUGCUGCUUUCGCAUGCGUCAAGUGUGUCAAGCUUGACCCUGCCACUCUUCCUCAAGUCACCGAAUACCUUUCCACCUUGCUCGGAGACAAGCAGUACUUUGUCGCUGGAGCCGCCGUUGCUGCCUUCAGCCAGGUCUGUCCGGAACGUUUGGACUUGAUACACCCGCACUACAGAAGCCUUGUCAAGAAGUUGGUCGAUAUGGAUGAAUGGGGGCAGGUCUCAACUCUGCAGUUGAUGACUGUUUAUGCGCGAAAGUGCUUCCCACAAAGGACUCGCCGUGUCCGUAAGACCAAGACGAAUACUCAAGCCGAAAAGCAAAAGGGCUUCUACGACGAUGAUGAUGCCGAGGAAGAGGAAGUCGAUUACGAAGACGUACAGACGCUGGAUCCUGAUCUCGACUUGCUUCUCACAUCAUCACUGCCACUCCUGCAAUCUCGUACCUCGGCCGUUGUCGUCGCCGUCACAAGAGCUUACUUAUAUCUUGCCCCUGAGCAGUAUCUGCACCACGCCAUCGGUCCUUUGACAGCCCUUCUCCGUGGUCCUCCCGACAUCAACCAGAUCGGCCUUCAUAACAUCGUCCAGAUCUGUCUUCUUUAUCCACAACACUUCGUCCCGCACUUCCGCCAUUUCCUCCUCAGAUCCGGCGAAGGAGAACAGACAUGGCGCCUCAAGCUUGAGAUUCUGACCCUUGUAUUCCCUCAUUGCGUUACUGACGUACAAGGCCUUAUCCUCACGGAACUUGAACACUUCUCGCAAGGUCACGAUCCUGCUCUGGUUCGCGAAUCAGUGCGAGCAAUUGGUCGCUGCGCUCACAACUCGGAUGCUACUACCAGCUCACGCUGCUUGCGCUUGCUUCUCCGCCAGAUCCACAGCCCCGAUCAACAUCUCGUUGCUGAGGCUUUGGAAGUUAUUCGACAUAUGAUUCAGCGCGAUCCACUCUCACAUACAAAGACCGUCAUCCGCUUAGCGAAGAACCUCGACACUCUUACCAGUCCUGCUGCACGCGCCAGCAUCAUCUGGUUAGUUGGCGAAUUCGCCGGUUAUUCCCCUGAUCAGAGCAUUGCACCAGAUGUUCUGCGCAUCCUCGUGCGUGGAUACCCUGACGAACAUGAUCUGGUCAGGCAGCAGAUUGUGCUGCUGGCGGCGAAGGUUUACCUGCACUGGUUGAACGCCGAGAAUGCGACCAACAAGAAAGCAAACCCUCCUGCUCUGGAACGUCAUUCUAGCUCGACUGUUCUUGCCCCUGACGACGAAGAAGACGGUGCCGGGUUUAGAGACGAUGAAUACAACAACGAGAACUCAACGACAAUCGAAUCACAAGAAGACAAGUCUCAUCCGAUAUCGUUGCUAUAUAACCACACCCUGCUACUGGCCCGCUAUACACCAUCUUACGACCUCCGCGACCGUGCCCGUAUGUUUCGCGCCUUGUUGGCCGUGCCUUCGAGCACCGAGUUGGCAUCUCUCCUCUUGCUCGCACCCAAGCCUGUACCACAAGCGCCGAGUCCAAGCGAGAGCCGCAAAGGCUACAUGCUCGGCAGUGCCAGUUUGGUCAUCGGCGAAGACAGCGGCGUCAACGGGCUCAGUGGCUACACUCCUCUUCCCGACUGGGUCCAGGAUGGAGAAGAACCAGAUGCCAAGCUCAGAAACGUCGAGAUAGAAUCAAAGAUUGAGUAUCGCCCAAGUGGCGGAUCAACAGUGCCGGCGGGCAGAAUGCUGGAUGAUGCACUCAAAGGGUCUGCGCCUGUGGUCUAUAAGUCAAAGUCUGGGGCGCCUGCUAAGGAAAAGACCUUGAAUGAUUGGCUUGACGAGGAAGACGAAGAGACCUCAGAAGAAGAAGAGACCGACGAGUCUGAAGAUGAGGAGGAAACUGACGAAGAUGAAGAAGAAGAAGAGACGGAUAACAAUGACGAGGAAGACUCUUCGGAAGAGGAAGAAAGUGACAGUGAUGACGGUGACGAGAAAAGGCGACUUGUUUGA